AUGAGCGUAGAAUUACUUGACGGCGCCACCAUAGUCAACUUCGUGGAAGACGAAGAAGCUUUCAAUGGUUGGACUAGAGAGCAUUUCACCCGUCUUGACACUGACCGCGACGGCUUUCUCUCCUACGCCGAGAUGCUGAAGGAGUUUUAUACUUUGAGAGUCUCCGAAGCUGACUUUGGAACCGAUGUGAAACUUGAUGCCGAUGAGCUCUCUCAACUCUACGGCGCCGUCUUCAAGCAGUUCGAUCGGGAUUCAGAUGGAAAAGUUGAUGUCGAUGAGUUCAUGAUGGGGAUGAAGAAUAUGAUGUUGGCUAUUGCUGAGGGAAUGGGAUUCUUGCCUAUUCAAAUGGCUUUGGAAAAAGAUGGGUUCUUGAUGAAAGCUGUUCAAAGAGAAGCCACCAAAGCCUUUUCUUGA